AUGAGCACACGCGAUCGUGAGCUCGAGAAGGAGGACUUCGAGACCGAGCACAUUGGCGACAAGGCGAACCGCGUCGACUCGGCCGAUGGCGUCCGCACGCCUGGUUCCUCUGCUCCCGACCAUGGCUUCACGCCUGAGGAGCAGCGCAAGAUCAUCAGACGCGUCGAUCGUCGCCUUGUUGUCAUCGUCGGUCUGAUGUACUGCGUCUCCCUCAUGGAUCGAACCAACUUGUCGGCCGCCGCCAUUGCCGGCAUGAAUGUCGAGCUCAACCUCAUUGUCGAGAACCGAUACAGCAUCGCGUCGCUUGUCUUCUUCAUCCCCUACAUCCUCUUCCAGCCGCCGUCGACCAUCAUCGUCCGCAAGCUGGGACCUCGCAUUCAUCUCGCAGGCAUCUGCCUCAUGUGGGGUAGCGUCAUGAUCGGCAUGGGCUUUUCUCAGAACUUCACCCACCUCGCCGUGUGCCGUGUCCUUCUUGGUGUCCUUGAGGCUGGUUUCUUCCCCAGCUGCGUCUACCUGCUCAGCACCUGGUAUACCCGAUUUGAGGUUGGCAAGCGGUACUCCGUCUUCUACCUCCUCGGAUGCGUCGCCUCCGCCUUUGCUGGCAUUCUGGCCUACGGCCUCAUGCAGAUGAACGGCCUCGCUAACCUGACCGGUUGGCGCUGGAUCUUCAUCAUUGAAGGUAUCAUCACCUGCCUUCUCGCCGUCCUCGGCUACUGGCUGCUUGUCGACUUCCCCGAUUCGAGGCGCAAGACUUGGAACUUCCUCGGCGAGCGCGAGCUCGAGUGGGUCGUUGACCGCGUGAACCAUGACCGUGGCGAUGCCAAGACGCCUCCUUUCAACGCCCGCCGCUUCUUCGCUGCCGGCGCCGACUGGAAGAUUUGGGCUUACGCAAUGAUCUUCUUCAACACGACCACCCUGUCGUAUGCCCUCGCCUACUUCCUGCCCAUCAUCCUCCAGAUCAACAUGGGCUUCACCGUCGGCGAGGCUCAGUGCCUUUACCGCGUCCGUGGCCCCAUCAUCAUCAUCAACGUCAUCCUCUGCCUCAUCGGCCUCCCCAUCAUGGGCUUCCACCCCAACGCCAACGUCCGCUACUUUGGUGUCUUCCUCGUCACCGCUGGUGCCAACUCCAACAUCCCCGCCGUCAUGGCCUACCAAGCCAACAACAUCCGCGGCCAGUGGAAGCGUGCCUUCUGCAGCGCCACUCUUGUCAGCUUUGGCGGCGUCGGCGGUAUCGCCGGCAGCCUGCUCUUCCGCGCCCAGGACAUGCCCCACUACCGCCCCGGCAUGUACGCUUGCAUUGCCUGCUGCCUGCUUACUCUCAUCCUUGUCGGCAUUCUGAGCCUUGACUUCAAGAGGCAGAACGGCAAGGCCGAGCGCGGCGAGAAGGAGCUGGAGAAUAACGAGACUAACAGAGCGCAGGAGGACUCGCAGCGCGGUUUCCGCUACACGUACUAA